GACUGCAUGUAUUGUAUGUAUGUCCAGUAGUUUGGUUAUGUUGGAAUGUUAGUGUUGUGAUUUGAUGAUUUUCUUCAACGUUAUUGUUUUUGUUGAUAUUGACAUUAAUAUUGGAUUUAAAUAAUAAAUUUAAAAUAUAUACAUUAUAAUUGUGAAAAUUUAUCGAUACAAUGGGUAUCCGAAAAGAGGAAGAGUCUUUUCCAAGAGGCAAUUCUUUUACAAAAAAACCUGCUCUAAGGAAGACCAAUGACUCACUAUUUAAAAGAUACAAGACACCAAAAAAGAAAACAAAGAAGAAUACAUUUCUUGAAGAGAUACAAGACAAAAGCGAUGCAAAAAAAUUAAAAUUUUCCAUCGAAGAUGAUAAGCAAGUAAUAAAACCAUUGACAUAUCAGAGCCUGGAACAAGGCAUGGUGGUCAUGGGUCGUAUAAGAGAGAUCAGUCAGUAUCACAUGUUCGUCUGUCUGCCGGGUCGGCUCUCAGCCAAAGUAUCUGUGGCUGCUAUAUCCACACCCUACACAGAGAAUCUGAAGAAGCUCCAGAAUCUGGAAUUGACAUCUAAGGAGUGUCCACCGCUGACUGACCUGUUCCGAGUGGGCCAAGCUGUGUUGUGUAGUAUUCUGGAGGUGAAGCGAGAGGGAGAACUGAUGUCGGUGUCUGUGAGUCUGGAACCUAGCCUAGUGAACUCUGAACGCUCGCAUUACACACUGCGGACUGGUCAAACCAUACAGGCGGCAGUGUGCAGCGAGGAGGACUAUGGGUACACACUACAUACAGGAGUGGUUGGCCUCACCACGUUCUUGUCGCGUAACAAUGCUAAGCGAUACGUGGAGACUGUCAACGGAGGCAGGCCUCUAGUUGUCGGAGAAGUAUUGAGAUGUCUGGUGAUGAAGUGCACUAUGGGGAAGUCAUCAAGUCAAGUGGAAGUGACAUUGGAUCCACUGGCACUGGCUCGGGCCACACUGACAAAUGUCAGCUCUCAGACGCUACAGCCUGGCUUCACAGUGCACUGUGUUGUAGAGCAGGUGAUGAAGAGUGGACUGGUCGUGAAAGUGGGGCGGAACAAAGCGUACAUAGAGACAUCUCAGCUGGAAGAGUGUUGGUCUAGACCAAACGACUACAAGACUGAGUCCGAACUGAAGGCCACUGUCUUGUAUAUCUGUCCACACUCAGACUUCCAGCUGUCGGCUAAUCCGAUGUAUCUCACUCUCAAGAACAUGAAUACGUGUGUCACACCUAGGAUUGCGCUUGGGGCAGUUAUUGACAGCCAGGUGACAAACAGUUACUCAAAAGGAAUAUUCUUGUGCCUUGGUGAGAAUAUUGAUAAAGAUAUUGGAAACAAAGGAUUUGUAUCAAUACGAAGGUUAGGUGAUAAUAUCACAAAAGCUAACAUCAAGAAACAAUUUCCGAAAGGUAAAAAGGUUACCGCAAGAAUUUUGGCAUUUGACUACAUGGAACAGAUAUAUAACUGUUCCUUUGAAAGGAGCACUCUACAGCAACAGUGUGUAUCCUUUGAGGAGUUGAAGGUCGGUGACAGAGUCACAUGUCGUGUUACUCUCGUGGAAGAUGACUGCUUGAAACUGGCUCUCGGCUCUAUCACACUUCACGUCUUCCGAGAGCACUCGGCCGAUGUGCCUCACUCAAAUCUUUACCAACAUUUCUACAUUGGAGAUGUCGUAGAUGGAAGGGUGCUGAAGGUGGAUCCAGAGCUGCGCCAGGCGACAGUGACGCUAAAGGAGACUCUUAUCCGGUCUCCGGCACUCAUGGACUACCGAGCAGCUCGCAUCAACGCCGGCUACUGGGGCACGGUCAGACACGUGCGUGCUAACAGUCUACUAGUUACAUUCUUCAAUGAUGUAGCUGGUACCCUGCAACUAGAUGGCGAAAAAACAACAUUCACUCCUGGCCAGUUGGUGAAGUGCUACAUCACGUAUGUGAACGUAAAAGAAGAAAAGCUACUGAUGAGCCUGACCCCGAGACAGUCCAAGAAGCCCAAGCAUUUGACUGUGGGAGAAGUGUACGAGUUAGUGAUUUCUGAAGUAUUUCCUGACCAUUUUGCAGUUACUGCUUGCGAUUACGAUGGUGUUGAGGGUAUAGUGCCCAAGUGCCAUCAGUAUGGCCAAAUUUAUUCAGAAGGUGACUUCAUGAAAGCUUGGCUCUAUCAAAUAAAAGCAGGCAGUUGCUACUUCAGCCCAAACCCAGCCAUUCGAGGAUUUCUCAAGGAUCAUGUAAACAUCAAGCCAGGUUACAGGCUGCAAUGCUGCGUUGCAAAGGUCUCCAGUAAAAAGAUGACAGUCUCCACACCACUCUCACAGUUCCCCACUGUAGACAUUCCCAAAACAAAAUGGGUGGAACACAAGCACCCAGAGUUGAAUCAGAUUGUUCAUGUCUACGUGGAACUUUUUGACGCUGUCAAUAAGUCACUGAUUCUUUCUUGGAAGCGUCCUAAGAAGAACAUUCAAAUUGAGAACUCCCACAGUAGUGAACAGAAAAACAAUGGAGAAAAAUCAACGAAGAGCAGCAAUGGUAUACCUUCAGGAGUUGAACAAAAUGGAAAUAGUCUCUUACUUAGCCAAAUUAGUAAAAGGAAGAGAAAACAGGAAAUAGAUGAGAACUUUAAUGAAACUGGGGAAUCCAAGACCAAAAAGAAAAUGGUAAAGAAGCAAGUGGAAGAUAAAGGAGAUUCAAAUGAAAAUUCAUUGACGGAUGUCUCUCAGCAGUUCAGUACCGAAGAAAAUGAAGAUUUAUCGUCAAACACAAAAAAGAACAACUCAAAAAGAAAUGAUGCUGUAAAACGACCCAGUCUUAUAGAAAGUGAAAGAGAUUUGUUGUUAAAAACAAAAAAGGAAAGAUCUAAGAGGGAUAAUGUUGCAAAGCAGCACAGUAUUAAAGAAAAAGAUGAAGACUUAUCCCCUACUAAAACUAAAAACGAUUUGUCAAAGAAUAAAACAACUAUUUUAAAGAGACAAGAGAAAAAUAUUAAUAAGCAUCAGCAUGAUAAUAAAAAGGAUUCUAAGCGAGUAAAACUGAAUGGUAAAGGCCCUAUGAAACGCACAUUGAGUGAAACAGGUUUCUUAUGGGAUGUGAAACCAGAGGACUUGGUUAAACCUGAAGAAAAAGAUGAAGAAGACAUUGAUGAGGAUGAAGAAGAGGCUGACCAAGGCAAGAAGAAGAAGACGGUGGCCGAGCGACGGAAGGCGGCAAAGGAGAAGGAGGCCCAACUGAGGGAAGUGGAGCGCAAACUGAUGGGCUCUGAGGACAAUCCUCAGACGGUGGAUCAGUACGAACGAGCAGUACUCACCCGGCCGGAUGAUGCUGAUCUAUGGAUAAGAUACAUUUCUUAUCAUCUGCAGGCUACAGAAAUUGAGAAGGCCCGUGCAGUGGCGAGGCAAGCGUUACAGACAAUUGGCGUCAGUCUUGCAGCAGAGAGGCUCAAGGUGUGGACUGCGUUACUCAGUCUAGAGAACCUCUUUGGUACUCAGGAAAGCUUGAAGAGCAGCUUGGAUGAAGCUUUGAGAAACAACGACGAAUUCUCAGUGUACAGUAAAAUGUUGAAAAUCUUCUCAGACUCCAAUAAACCUCUGGAGACAGAGCAACUGGUGCAGAGGAUGUUACGUAAACUUAAAGGCUCGCCCGAGUGUUGGCUCCUGUGCUGCUCGGCUCUCAUGAAGUGUGGUCUUGCAGACAAGGCCAGAAACCUGCUGCAUCGUGCCAUAGCCGCUCUUCCAGCCAGAGAACAUGUAAAUUUAUUGUGCAAGUUUGCUCUGUUGGAGAACCAGUAUGGGUUCGGGGAGCAGGCACAGACACUGUUUGAACAUAUCCUCACCUCCUACCCCAAGCGGACAGAUGUAUGGAGCGUGUACGUGGACAUGCUGGUCAAGUCGGACAAAAUUGAGGUUGCCAGGCAAGUGUUGGAGCGAGCCUCCAGACAGAAGCUGUCAGCGAGGAACAUGAAGACACUCUUCAACAAGUGGAUCAAUUUUGAAGUGAAACAUGGGUCUCCUGAUAAAGAAGAACAUGUUAGAAAGCUAGCGGAGGCUUACGUCAGUGAUAUUAUUGAGAAGUUGGAGUAAAGUACUUUAUGUUGUUAUAGUUAUACUGUACAAACUGUUUUAUAUUUUAUUUAUUUUAUAUCAAUAAAACAACUUAUUAAUGA